UCUCCAAACUACGAAAGCUGCGCUGUUGCUUUCGAUUCCUGGGUGUCUACCGAUAAUCGACACUUCGAACUGAAGUGGAAGGGACUCCUCACGCUGUCUGCCAAGAUGCUGCGGUCUUCUCACGCAAGGACGAGCGACGCACAUGGUGGAUACUCCCGUGAUGCAGGUUUCUUCGUUCUUCGAGCCUUCCAUCAACAUUCCGAGGGAUGGAGGAUCGUUACAUGCCAUGCAGGUCUGUUCUCCAGUUAAUGAUUCUUCAGACAUACAGUCAAUGCCGGAGAUGUCAUUGACGAUGGUGGACGAUGCCGGAGGUAUCUCUACUCGGUUUGACACUCUUUGUCAACAUCACAGGUUGGUGGAACGGUGUUCCUUCUAUUCCAAAUUAAUCCUUUCAUUUUCAGUUAACACUUUCAACAUAUUUCUAUAGGAAUUUCAGCAUCUACUUUAGUGUUAUUAUUAAAUUGAGAAGGUAUCAAUGUAUCUGUGCUACGUGUGCGUUUAUCAAUGAGUAUAAUACUUUUUUUUCUUCUUAGCAUAUUACAUAUUAGUGCAGACGUGAAGCGAGCUAUUUACUGUUGAUGUUUCCUGACCCCCGAAAAAUGCAGAUCAACCUCACAGGUUUCCUGAAUGGAAGGAAUGCUCGAUCUUUCAUGGGUGAAUUAUGGGACCUUUUGGUCUCUGCUCAGGAAAGUGUAACGGGCAUUCCAGAGGCUUUCUUGCAACAAAAAAAAGAUCAAAUUAAAAAACGUUUGGAAGAGCAAGAGAAACUCCAAGCUUCUUUAGCGGAGAAAGAGAAGGAAAAGGAGAGGGAGAAGGAGAAAGAUGAAGCAGAAAAUAAGAUAAAAAAAGAAGAAAAGGAACGUGGUUCUUCGAAGGAGCGUCGGAGAGAUCGAAGUAGAGAUCGUGAUAGAGACAGAAAAAGAAGUCGAUCAAGAGAUCGACACAGAGAUCGUGACAGAUCGAGCCGCAAAAGACGAUCUUCUUCGAGAUCGCCUAGUAAAAAUUCGCUUAAGGACAACGGGAAAGAUAUGUCCGAGAUUAAAGUAGAGCGGGAAGAUUCACCUCAACCUGAAAAUGCUAUACCGCUUAUGCCAGUCAAGACAAAACCGGAAGCCGCUGUUGCGAUAUCCCGAUUACAAGCUAAAUUAAUGAGCAUCGCGGACGGAAAAAAGAAAAACAAUCGUACUCCAUCUCCCGAGACCCUGGAAAAAGCAAAGAAAUCUAGAUCUAGAUCAAAAUCACCCAUAAGCCGCUCCAAAAAAUCUAGAUCUAAAUCACCAAGUCGAGAUUCAAAGACACGUCGUUCUCGAUCACCAGCAUCGAAAUCUAGGCGAUCUCGAUCCAAGUCAAGAUCAAGACGAUCCAGAUCUCGAUCAAAAUCCAGAUCGCAAGAUCGCUCGAAAUCGAGACGUACGAAGUCCAAGUCUCCGAGGUCCCACUCGAGAUCUCGAUCACGAUCCAAAAAAUCAAGAUCGAAGAGUAACGACAGAAGUAAGUCUAGAAAAUCGAGAUCCGAAUCGAGUGAUUCCAGAUCGUCAAAGUCUCGGUCAAAAUCGCCCGACAAGAGAAAAGAUAAUCUCGAUUCAAACAGGAAACGAGAUGCAAGUUCAAGUAGUAGUUCCGAAUCGGAGGAAGACAAAGGAGCAAAAGAUAAAAACGAUUUCGAAAUUAGAAAGAAGAAGGACGGAGUACAGGCAAAAAGAUCGUACAGAAAGACAAAUAAAGAUGACAGUGGCAGUGACAGUGACUCGAGUCGAGAAAGGAAAUCAGUUCCUAAACGAAGAAGUCCGACGCCGCGAAAAGACAGAGGUCGGUCUAAGGACAGAGACAGAUCGCGAGAUAGAUCACGGGAUAGAUCACGAGAUAGGUCUCGGGAUAGAUCUCGAGAUAGAAAUAGAAGGAGAUCCAUAGAUAGAGAACGCGAAAGAAGAAGAGAACGCGAGCGAGAAAGGGAACGAGAGAGAUUGGACAGAUACAGCGGUAGUCGUAGCAUGCGACCUCCGUCAGUGCGUAGAGCACCUAGUAGGCGAAGGAGCCCUCCUCGAAGAAGUCCGGCAAGAUAUCGUCGCAGAUCACCAAGUCCUGGAGAUAGGCGCCGAAGAAGAUCUCUUGAUCGAAGACGAAGAUCAUCGGAAAGAAGAGACAGACGUCGAUCUCCAGAUCGUCGUGACAGCAGACGUCGUUCGCCAGACGGACGGGACCGUUCCCUCAGGUACGAUAGAUCUUCCUCUCGUGACAGAUCGAGUAGGCGGGACCGUUCCAGAGACAGGGACAGAAGGGAUAGAGAUAGAAGAUCUAGAACUAGGGAUCGUAGAUCGAGAUCGAAAGAUCAAAGGUCAUCGGUGGAUCGUUCGAGAGAUGGAAAACGAUCUCCCGAUCGCUCAAGAGAUGCUAAGGAGAAGAUAAAGGACAAGAAAGUGGAUGAAAAAAUUAAAAGAUCAACUGAUACGGGAUCGCGAAAAGAAUUACGAAACGGAAGGUCUAAGUCAAGUAGCUCGGAAAGUAGCGAAAGUAGUUCCUCUAGCAAUGAGGAUGAAGUGACCAGAAAGUCACUAGAGCGGAAAUCGUCUCAGGAAAAACGCGAACGCGAGAGAGAUCGUGAACACGCCGAUGACAAACGUAAAGAAAAAGAGAAGCCUGUCAAGGAGGAAUCCGUCAAACGACCCGAAAAGGACGUCAAGAAAACUGAACCUGCAAGCAUCAAGAAACCAGAUCCCAGCGUUUCUCCUAAAAAACUUCAAUCUGCUACUCUUCCUGUAACUAGACACAGAUUUUCAAAGAGUUUAUCAAGAACCCCAUCCCCGUUUAAAAAGACUGAAGACAUUAUAGCAGCAGUUAAAGUUAAACAACCAUCAAAAGAAGAUAAUAAAGAAGGAUCACCGAAAGAAGAAUCGAGCUUUUCAUCCGCAGAUACGUUCCCGCUAAAAAAAGAUGACAAGUCGAUCAAAUCGAUCAAAACUGCAUCCGAGGAUAAGAAAUCAGGGCAAAAAUCAUCGGAACCAGUUCUCUUGAAAAAACCAACAGAAGUAGCAAAGAAAUCAAAGCGAGAAAAACGUGAUGGUUCUUCAGAUUCAAAUGAUAGUGAAAGCGAAGGCAAGAAGAAAUCAAGAAAAUUAGAAAAGUCCAGGAAAUCUAGGAAAGCUUCUACGGAUGAAGAAAAAUCAGAUAAAGGUUCAAGCUCGGAUUCUGAAGAAGAAAGGAAGCACGUGGAAAAAGGCAAAAAGACGAGAGACUCGAAUCGAGGAGUAAUUUCCACAGAUUCAUUAGACGAACGAGCAAAAGAUAGAAAAGAUAGUAGGAAACGUGAAAUCAAUGAAAAUGAAUCUCGUAAGCGGCCGAAAAAAGAAUUAGAAGAAGAAACGAAGAAAUCAAAAAGAUCUAGGAAAGAUUCAUCUUCGGGGGAUGAAGAUCAAAAGGUAAAAAGAAAUAAAACUGAAGACGAUAGAUCAAGAUUACGGAAAUCUAAAAAAGAUUCAAGUUCGGAUGACGAACCGAAAAAAACAAGAAAGCGAAGAGAUAGCUCUUCGGAAGAUGAAAAGUCAAGAACAAGAAAAUCAAGAAAGGAUUCUACAAGUGAAGACGAAGGAAAAGUACGACUGAGAAAAUCUAAACGGGACUCUAGUACAGACGAUGAGGAAGUAGGCGAAAAAGAUACAAAAAAAAAGAAAAAAGCGGAUGACAGUUCAGAUGAGGAAAAAGUGAAGAAGAAACGUAAAAAGAAGACUAAAACUAGCACCAGUGAAUCAGAGGAAAGUGAAGUAGAAGAAAAAAAAAAGAAAAAGGAUAAAAAGCACAAGAAACACAAGAAGCAUAAAAAGCAUAGAAAACAUAAAAAGAAGAAGGUUGCAGAUUCUGACGAAUCUGAUGUAAGUGAAGGUAAUACAGAAGAAUUAGAAAAAAAGCUUCGCGAAAAAGCAUUAAAGUCUAUGAAAAAAGGACAUAGCAUUGAGGCAAGUGAUUAAGAACUUGUGAAAUUUAUCAAGGGUAUGUCACAUGUGUACCUCUAUUACACUGCACUUGCAUCACGGAUACGUUUCAGUUCAUUAUUUUACCAAUAAGUAGGAUUUUCUCGUGUCACAGUUUUUGUGUAAAACAUUUGUCUUUUAGGUCAGAAAAUUUAAUUCCAACUUUAAAUAUUAAAAUUACAAAGUUCAAUACAAUAGCUGUACUUUUGAAUUAGCAAACAAAAGUAGUAUACUUUUGUGUUACUACCAUGGAACAGUAAUUUUUUGUGCCACUUCUGUGUAUGAUUGUUACAUUUUUCAAAGUUAAUACAAUUAAGCAAAAACAUGAUAUUUUUUUGUAGUUUAUAAGUUUACGAAUUAAUGUUCAUUUUGCACAGCGUGAUGAAUUUAAUUUGUAAAUCUAAUUUGUGUAAAAAUAAUUUUUGUUUAUAUUAAAUUAAGAAAGUAUAAAUUACAUCUUGGAGAAAAAUGCGUACUUCACAAGAAAUCACAAUCUCUUGUUAAGAUAUUCAUUCACAUAAAUUAUAUAAUAAACUUUAUUCUACAACUAUUGUAAAUUUAUUUAGAUUUAUGAAUUACUACUGGAUUUGUACGUGACAUGAUUUUCACGUAUAUACUGUAUUAACGAAAAUACAUGAUUUUCAAAAAAAUUUGAUUUUGUAUAUUAAAUACAAAUAUAAUUUAUUACAUUCACGUAUAAAAGAUUUACGGGGAAAAGAGAGCAUAUCAAUUUUAAUAUUCUCCGAUGUGUGCUUUUUAUCAUUGGCUAUAUCGCAUUGAGAAUAUGAGAAGAAUAUAAGAAUAAAAUUUUCUAAAUUAUAUU